UCCAACAAUAGUACUUCUUAUUGUUGGUUUUCUCAUAUUGUACUAGUGCUGAUCACUUGGGAGUUGAGACCUAGAAAGAGUCUAUUUUCGCAUAUUCAUGAAUCUCUUGGUCUUAUUAUACUACAAAUUGCAGCUUCUCUUCUCUCUAGAACAACUACUACAAAUAAUACUCGUCUAUGGUGCGUAGAAUGGGAUUCAAGCAGCCUAUGAUUCGGAGCUACGACAGGCGAAUCGACAGAGCUCGAGUCGAGGACCUCGAAAGACGAUGCGAAGUAGGCCCAACCGAACGAGUUUUUCUCUUCACAGACACUCUGGGUGACCCCAUCUGUAGGAUCCGGAACAGUCCCAUGUAUAAGAUGCUGGUGGCUGAGUUGGACAACGAGUUAGUUGGGGUCAUUCAAGGCUCUAUAAAAGUGGUUACGAUGAUGAACAAACCUCCAAAGGAUAUGGCCAAAGUGGGGUACAUCUUAGGCCUGAGAGUCGCGCCGCGCCAACGACGAAAAGGGAUUGGCUCGAGCCUAGUCCGAGAGCUAGAGAAGUGGUUCGUCGCCAACGAAAUCGACUUCUCCUACAUGGCUACCGAGAAAGAAAACGAGGCCUCCGUUAGGCUUUUCGUCGACAAGUUCGGCUACAACAAGUUCAGAACUCCGGCCAUUCUCGUCAACCCAGUUCAGAACCGACCCUCACACAUCUCCUCCAACGUCGAGAUUGCGAAGCUCAGGAUCGAAGACGCCGAGUCGCUCUACAGAAAGUUCAUGGCUUCCAUUGAGUUUUUCCCUCAUGACAUAGACAAGAUUCUGGGGAAUAAGCUCAGCUUGGGAACUUGGAUUGCCUACUCUAAAGGAGAUCAAUCUUCAUGGGAUAGUACUGGAAAAGUACUUCCAACGAGUUGGGCUAUGCUUAGCGUGUGGAACACUGGGGAAGUUUUCAAGCUGUGGCUAGGGAAAGCGCCGUUAUCGUGCUUGAUAUUUACCAAGGGUAGUAGAGUUAUAAGCAGGUUUUUUCCAUGCUUCAAGUUGCUUCCUUCGUUGCCGGAUUUCUUCGACCCGUUCGGGUUCUACUUCAUGUAUGGAGUCCAUGGGCAAGGGCCGUUGGCGGGGAAGAUGGUCAGGACGCUUUGCCAGUUCGUGCACAACAUGGCCAUGGCGUCCAAGGAUUGUAAGGUAAUAGUGACUGAAGUUGGGGAUCAGGACGAGGUCAGACAUCACAUCCCACAUUGGAAAUUGCUGUGCCCGGAGGAUUUGUGGUGCAUAAAGGCCUUGAAGAAUGAUGAUGUUCAAGAGAGGAGGAGGUUUCUCUACGAAUACUUGACAAAAACUCAACGAGAAAAAGCUCUUUUUGUAGACCCAAGGGAAGUGUAACGGAAACGUCCCUGGCCAAAUAAUAUUAUAUAUUUGACCCCC